AACUUGUUUAAUGUUUACUAGAUUAUCAAAGAUAAAAUCACCUGUUACUAAUCUCGAUACAAGUUAAUCGAUACACGCGCUUCACUAAACUCGUACCGCGCUCGCUCUCCCCUCGGGCCCCGAGCAGAACCACGCCCAGCGCGCGCAUUCUCAAACAAAAUCUGCACGAAAUGGAUGCACAGAGAAUCGACUCGGCGGCGUUGUCGUCCGUUUAGUCACACACGCGAAGUACCACAUCAGUUAGCCAGGCAGCUCAGUUGAGAAGUGAUCUUGAUAGCCGGCACACCGUACCUUACACACGGCGGCGCACACGUGCUACUCGCGUCCAUCCCUUCUCCGAAUCGUUUACCGAGCGAGUCCGCCGCUCGCUCGGCAAAGCGACGCCGCUGUCCGCCGAUCAGUCCGCCGUCACCGGUCGCAUUCCGCGCCGUACCUUGCUUACUUCGGACCAUACGUAUUAUGUAAUACAAAAAUAAACAGAUACGUUGAAUACCAAGCAACCACGUGUAUGUACACACCGGCCGGCUCACCAGCGGAAGUACCUCGCGACGCUCAACAUUAUCGCGCUCAGGAUACGCGGCGAAGGGCGUCUUGACGGUGGCUGGGACUAGCAGUAUUCCCACUUUGCGCUCCGGAUUACACACAUACCCAGGAUUUUAUGGAAAACGUGAUAAUUUGACAUAGUGUUUUUUUAUAUAGAAAUUCUAAAGUAAUUCUACCUGUUCAGUAUUUUAUCGAAAUAAUUGUGUCUUGAAUAUAAGUGAAAUGUCGAAUUCCGUGGAGCAGCAAUUCAGCGAGCUUAAUUUAUCACAAGAAGAUCAUGAUCAAAUAUUUGAACAAGACGAUUCCCAAGAUCUCAGCCGGUCAUCCAAGGUCCUCAUCAGUGGUCUCCCGCUGCACAUUCGUUUCGACAACAUCGACGCCCUGCUCUCGCAGUACGGCAACGUGCAACAUUGCGACAAAGCCAACUCGCGCGAUGCCAACACCCAAGCGGUGUUUAUCACCUUCGAGACCUCGGAGCAAGCGCAACAGGCCAUCAACGGUUUAAACGGCUACGAGUUGGAAGGGAGUCGUAUGAAAGUGGAGGCGGCAGAGCAAAACGCGCGAGGCGGACGACGCGGGCGUCCGGGCGGCGGCCGCGGCGGCGGCGGCGCCAGCGGCGGCGGCUCGCGGCCCACGGACUUCCCGCUGCGGCUGCUGGUGCAGAGCGACAUGGUGGGCGCCAUCAUCGGCCGCCAGGGCAGCACCAUCCGGCUCAUCACGCAGCAGAGCCGCGCUCGCGUCGACGUGCACCGCAAGGACAACGUCGGCUCGCUCGAGAAGGCCAUCACCAUCUAUGGCAACCCUGAAAACUGCACUAAUGCAUGCAAGAGAAUACUUGAGGUCAUGCAGCAGGAGGCCAACAACACAAAUAAAGGGGAAAUUUCGCUGAAAAUCCUAGCGCAUAAUAAUUUAAUUGGGCGCAUCAUAGGAAAAGGCGGCACUACAAUCAAGAGAAUCAUGCAGGAAACUGACACAAAGAUCACGGUGUCUUCUAUCAAUGACAUCAACAGUUUCAACCUCGAACGUAUCAUAACUGUGAAGGGAACCAUUGAAAAUAUGGCAAAGGCAGAGUCACAAAUUUCAGCAAAGUUGCGCCAAAGCUAUGAAAAUGAUUUGCAGGUGCUGGCGCCUCAAAGCAUAAUGUUCCCGGGUCUGCACCCCAUGGCGAUGAUGUCGACCGGGCGCGGCGGCUUCUGCGGCGCCACGCCGCCGUUCCCGCCGCCCAUCUACGCUCCCAUGGCUGGCCAGGGCGGCGCGCAGCAGGGCGCUGGUGACUCGCAGGAGACCACGUACCUGUACAUCCCUAACAACGCGGUGGGUGCCAUAAUCGGCACGAAGGGCUCUCACAUUCGCAACAUCAUCCGGUUCAGCAACGCGUCCGUGAAGAUUGCGCCCCUGGAGCAGGACAAGCAGCCCGAGGGCCAGAACAACGCCCAGCCCGAGCGCAAGGUCACCAUCGUCGGCAGCCCGGAGGCUCAGUGGAAGGCUCAAUACCUUAUCUUCGAGAAGAUGCGGGAGGAAGGGUUCAUGUCGGGGUCGGACGACGUGCGGUUGACCGUGGAGAUCGUGGUGGCGUCUUCGCAGGUGGGGCGCAUCAUCGGCAAGGGCGGGCAGAACGUGCGCGAGCUGCAGCGCGUGACCGGCUCGCUCAUCAAGCUGCCCGAGCAGCCGCAGCAGCAGGGCCAGCCGCCGCAGGACCACGACACCACCGUGCACAUCGUCGGCCCCUUCUACAGCGUCCAGUCGGCUCAGCGGCGCAUCCGAGCGAUGGUGGCGCAGGCGAGCGCGCCGGGCCGGCACCGCCGCGCCGCGCCGCCGCCGCCCGCGCAGCAGUAAGCCGCCGCCCCCCGCCCCCCGCGCGCCCACAUACCAUCUCACCCUCACCGCUCGACCCUCGCUCCACCGCCAGCCGCGGCCGGCCUUCGCUGUCUGGCGAGUACCCCCAGUGUCGCCCCCAGUGUGUGACUCGGUGACCUUGACGGUACUUACCUCGUAGUUAGACAUAUUCAUAAGAAACUAUGAUAAAGUUGCCGACUUGAUAGAUUCUGCAAGAGUUGUCCGACUGUUGCGCAGGCAGGCUGUUGUGUUGGCAGCAUAUUGUGUCCAAAUGUUGUUGUUGAUAUUAUUGUAGUGAAUUGUAAUUAAUAACUAUUGAUAAAUCCAUAUUUUUACCCCGGGAUUAUAUAUGUUGAUGAUGAUUAAUAGUUGAAUAUAUACUAUUCAUAUACACUAUUUUCAUAACGAUAUAGUGCCACUUAAGUAUAUGAAUCUAAUGCCGCGCAUAUAGUUUAUUGUUAUAGUUUUCAUACCAUGUUAUUCUGCUACAUUAUAAAAGAGUUGUCAUAUACCGCAAUAGUUAAUGAUUAUGUUCUCUAUACAUAUACACAUGUUGUUAACAAUAGCUAUAUUAUCACUCCAUUUUUAUACAAACGAGAAGUAAAUAUUUUGUUUUGUUAUAAAAUAAUAGAUUAAUCUGUUAUAAUCACUACACUGUUAAUAUAAUUUAAAGGGUGUGUGGGAUACAAACCGACUACAUAGGAACGGAUAUAAACAUGAUAUGGCUUUACCGAGGAGGCUCAAUGAAUGAACAGACAGAUGCUUUUGCGAGUAUAUUGUAAUGAUUUAAAACGAUACAGAAUUUGCAUUUCUGCAUGCAUGCUGAUAAGAAUGUUGUACAAUGAUUAUACAAAAUGAACGUGUGCGUCGGGUGCGAAGUAA